AGCGUAUCUAGAUCUAGAAGGGCGUGAUCGUGAUGAAGAUGCACACCAGAUUUUCACUCUUUUUGCUAAUCAUCUGUUUGACAUUAUGGAGAAAAUGUACAGGAAAACAGUGUUGCAAAUGAGAGCCAUGCUAGUAAGACAAGUUUCAUCUAUAAUGGUGAUCUGUUGAUGUCUGAUGGAUCACAGCAUGUAGACAUAGCAUCCACUGUAUACCCUAGCUUAGGUCUCACAUCUGAUCAGGAUCAUGUAUAUCAGGAAUAUCUCAUUCUUCAAGCCAAGGCAGUUGGUAUCGAUGGUUUCAUGAUUGAGUGGGGAUAUAUGGACCAUUCUAGUGAUAGAGCUUUGAAGAGCUAUCUUACAUUAGCCCAGAGACACACACCAUUCAAACUUGCUGUCAAUUGGUGUGACCAUUGGUUGGCAUCAGAAUUAAAGAACAAAUCAUCUCAAGAGGUGAUUGAUGUGUUUCACAGUAAUCUACAAUACCUGAUGGACACCAUGUACAGCUCUCCUCUAGCAUUAUAUCACCAUGGUAACCCAGUCAUCUUUUGGUUUGGAGGAGGACUUACAUCAGGACAGUUCAGAGCACUUCUGUCCAUGCCCAUCACCCUACCACCCGGUGCCAAGCCUCCUAUUUGGAUCGGAAGCUUCUUAAAAUUCGUCGCUACCCCAGAACUGUGGGAAGAGUGGGGUAAUCUAUUGAAUGGUACAUUUGGCUGGUCCCCACACGGAAUGAGACCAACACCAGCAAACAUGUCUGAAUGGGAUUUCUAUGGCACUGUUGAUGAUGCUGUUGAGUAUCAGAGGAAUGUGUCUAAGUUUGGAGAACGCUGUUUAUCUUCGGGAAGCUGUGUGCUGUGGUGUGGAUCAGCCUCUCCGGGGUUCGACAAUAGAGGGUGCGCUGGAUGGGGUCGUGAACUACGCUAUCUACCUCGUCUUGAUAUCAACAAUCAGUCCAGGUCCACAUAUGACUCACAAUGGAAGUAUCAUCUUAGUAGUAAUACAUCAGCAGAGUAUAUUAUAAUACCAACCAUGAAUGAUUUUCCUGAGGCGACUCCUCUUCUUGAUAUCAAUGCAUCCCUAUCAAGUCUCUACAGUACAUUAAUAUACGCCAGUAGAUGGAAAGACCAUUCCUACGACGUGAGAGGGCUUAUACUGUGUCCUGUAUGGUAUCGGUUAUACAAGGAGAUGCAAUUCUAUAACAUGACGCCAGGGAUUAAUGUUCAAUCUCUAGAGGAUUCUCUUCAAGCUGCCAAGCUAGCCAUCAGUCAAGGAACACAAACAUCGCUCUCUAAAGCUUGGAUUCUCAUCCAAAAUGCCAAAGACCUUCUAGACUCAAUGAUUAAAUCAGAUAUCAGUGAAGAUGAGAUGAAGAUACCAGUGCCAAGCUCCAUCAUGUCAUUCUCUCUUCCACCCAUCAUAGAGAAUGGGUCUUACAUCAUCAAUCAUACCAGUCCAAUCUAUCUUCACAUGGCUGAGGAGACGGCAUCAAUACUCAGACAAAACAACUUCAAGGGUUUGCUUAGGUUUCAGUACCAGCCACUUACACAAGGCAUUAACUACAUAAGAGUGAUAUCCUCCAGUGAGACACACACAUCAGACCCAUCUCUCAAGUAUACAUUUCACUCUAAGGGACUGGCCAAGGAGUCUAAGAGGAGCUGGAGGUACACAGUAAAGUCAGACCGAUCUGAAGUGUGUAAGAUACAUGUUAAUGGAACAGGCAAGGGAGGAGGAGCGUGGCAGAAUGCUACAGUAGCUAUGUACAAGGAGAAUCAAUCUUGGGAUCAUUCAGCCACACAUGAAUCAGACCUGGUCUUCAUCUCUCUAGCUUCCUAUGCAGUCAGAAACAUAUCCCUUCAAUUCACCGUCUUCUCAAAGAGAUAGUUAUGAUCAAAAUGACAUGUCCGACUGGUUUCAACACUUGACUGGAGAUGCGAAGGUCAUGGGUUCAAGCUCCAGCACUGUACUUGUGCAAGGCAUUUUUAUCUAGAUUGCCUGUAAAUUUAUCCAGAGACUUGCUUGGAGGAUAUCCACAAACUCAUUUUAAGUUUGAAAAAGUGAUUUUCUUCCGUUGAUAAGACAAUAAUGCAAUAUCAAUGAAUUUGUUCUAAACAAGGCGAUAUGAUUGUCUUCCAAAGUUUUUAUCAUAUAUUAUACGUAUGUACAUGUAAUAAAUGUAUUUAUUCUUCAUA